UCCGGACGGCUCCCGGUCGGUCCCAUUAGAAACCAUUUCUCCUCCAUUACCAUUAAUGGCCGCCAGAAACGACUAGUCUUCUCCUAUGUCCUCCCUCCAAGUCUUCUGAGUCUUUCGUCGCCCGCCUCGAGAUUUUCCGUUUCGAUCGAUCUUCGUCCUUCGCGGCGCGGAUCGGCGGUCGUCUUCUGCCCCGGCUUCGGUGAUAUCUGCAUGGAGGGCGGCGAUUUGGUCAAGAAGCAGCAGACGUCUUACACCUACUGGGUGAGGGACACGCGGGAGGACGCUGCGCCCCUCCCGGUUCCGCGAAAGCUCACGGCCGAUGACAUCUCCAAGCCGGCGCAACCCAACACCCUCGGAUCUGUCUGGAAUCAGGCUGGGACUUGGGAGGAGAAAAACCUGAAUACAUGGGCAAGUGACAGGAUAAAGGAAUUGCUCAAGUCUUUGGACUCAUUGGAGUUCUCCAAUGGUAAAGCAUAUAUUGAAGGCGUGUCCAAAUGUUCAGGAGAUGCAUUCCUUGUGAUUGUAAGAAAUAAGAAGAGAGUUGGUUAUACAUAUGAAUUAAGUUUAAAAUUUAAAGGUGAAUGGCAAAUCCAAAAUGAAUGCAAGAAGAUCAAAGGCCACUUAGAUAUCCCUGAGUUCUCGUUUGGUGAACUCGAGGAUCUGGAGAUGACGGUGAGCCUUAGCGAGGAAAAGGAUUUAGGAGCAGUAGAUAAGAGCCAGAUAUGCACGGCCAUGAGGUCGUUUUUGGUACCCAUCCGUGAGAAACUACACAAGUUUGAACAAGAGCUAAAAGAAAGGUAGAAAUGCUACCACCGAUUUCCUUGCUUCACGAUGACACUAAUUGGACAGUAAUUAUCAUUCAUGAGUGAAAAUGGUGUUGGAAAAAAUUGUAUGUGCGUCUUGGAUCACUUGCAACCUGAUCGUCUCAUCUCGGCUUUGUUUCCAUGUUCAUGUUUGGGAUAUCUGUCGUGAUUAUCAUCAUUAUCUAUCCGAGUAGUGUUAUUUUUUUUCAAGUGUCGUAUAAUUCAAACAAUGAGUUCAACUCCAACACCCUUGAUAAUUGUAUGUUAAUCAAUGAUGAUGGUCAUAGUCUUCUUCCUUUUUGCUACAAUGCACUAAAAGUCCAAGUAGA